UUUGUAUUUGAUUUUAAUUUCAGACUGCAGCAGAAGUCGGCGAUGUUCGAUAGUGACGUGGAGGACAGUGCAGAGUCAUCGAGUGAGGAGGCCGACUCGAGCAUUCGGCCUGGCUCGACCAUCAUCGACCUUGCCGCCUCGACCCCAGCAUCGCCUAGCGGAGGUGGCAGCAGCAAGAUGCUCAGGAUGGUCGACAAGAUCGCUGCAUCCAAGUAUUUCCAACAGGUGACUGACAAUAAAUUCAUAAAACGCGCAAUGGAAGGAGUAUCAAACACGAACAUCGCUCUUGUUGUCGAAGUGAAAGGUUUAUCUGGAACUCUGGUUUUGAACUUUCCUCCUCCACCAUCAGACCGACUUUGGUAUGGUUUCCGCGGCAAUCCCAAAGUAUCAAUAUCAGCCCAGCCUAAAGUAGGAGAAAGGAUGGUAACAAUGCUGCAUAUAACUAGUUGGAUUGAAAAGAGACUGGUCAAAGAGUUUCAAAAAAUCCUUGUCCUGCCGAACAUGGAUGACCUGAUAAUACCUGUGAUGAAUACUGAGCUGCCCAGCUGAUUGGAACAAGUCUAACUUUGUUGUUAAUCCAAGAUAAUAUUGUUGUUGUUAUUGAUGUUGUUAUCACUCUUAUCACAUCGAAGCUACUUGCAGCCUAAACACCUAUUGGUAACUUUGUCCUAAUUAUGCAUGUAAAAUCCAGCCGUUUCGUGAGGUAUCUGCAUUUCUCUAUCUUAUAUACGUCCUUCGUGUAAAUAUUGUUAUACGUCCUUCUCAUAUUCUCUACUACUUGAACCGUCGAAAAUUAAUUAUAAAUGUAAAGAAAGUUGGUGUUUGGAAGAGGGAGUGUCAGUAUUUGGUUAAUUAGGCUAUUUUAUGCAUUCAGUAAAAAUCUUGUUUUCGAAUUUUAAAUCGCUGCAACUUAUUAAAUUAAUGCUAAUAUCAUUGACGUUUUCAAUCUUGACAGUAUUAACUAAAUUUUUCAAGUUAUCUUCGUUUUGAUUCAACGAUAAGUAUGAUCCUUUCUUUGAACCUUUUUUAAAAACUUCUUUGUUUUUUGACUAAUUCGAAUUUAGAAGAAUUAAAAAAAACAAGUUGUACUAAUUGAUAUCGAGCGAUUUUUAUAAAAAGAAAAUUCGAAUUCUCAUUGUACAAAAGAAUAAAAGGAAAAAUCCUAUGCAUAAAUCUAUCUGACAAUAAUCUAAUAAUAAUCCAUCUAACAUCAUUGAUCGAUCUGACAAUCAUUAUUUCUCUAAUGUUCUAAUUUAAUUCAGUUGCUAAAAUUAUUCUAUUUUCAUAAAAAAUCAGAUUUAUAUUCUAUUUUUUGAAGAAUUAUGAUGCGUACGGUACGUGAAUUUGUGCUUGAGUAACUAUUUAAAAAAAAGUUUAUUCUUCUCUAAUCAGAACUUCAUUUCAAAAUGAAGAAAUGUAUCCCUUUUUAUGUCAUGUAUUCAAUAAAAUUAGUUCUUACUAUAAGUAGAGCACGGCAAGAUGGCCCCUGGUUUUCUUUGUUUCAAUUGCCCGCCAGUCUGUUUGUUUAAGGCCCAUCGUGCGUUAACUGUAGCAUCUAUCUUGGCUAUUUUAUGUGACAAAUAUUUUUUUCAAAUAUUGGUUGAUUUGGAAAUCAUCUAAACAUAUUGAUUGAUUAACAGUUGAAAAUAAUUUUACUCAUUUGACUAAUCCUUGUAAAAGACAAAUACUGACAUUACCCACUCAAUCUUCUCUUGAUAAUUGGAUGUGUGUUGGCCUUUGUCACUCAACUGUUCUAAAUUCGAUCGAUAAGUUUUGAUUUAGGAUUCCAGUGACUAUCUCGCUAGAAAGGAGUAGCCUAUACGUAAGUGUGAUUAGUGGAAAAUUAAUUCUAACAAAAUGAGACAAUAGAUCUGAACUGGUUUAGAUCGAGUUUAUGUCGAGUUUCAUACACAAGUUUAAUACAGUAGAAUAGAUUACAAUGCAGUCGAAUGGAUUAGAAUGACAUGUUUACACUUCUUAUAGUUUUACACUGUUCUUGUUUUGAAAAACUAGUCCCCUUGAGUUACAGUAUGAUCUUACACUAUAAAAAUCUAUUAAAAUUCUGAUCAACUCAGAAAGUAUUAAAAAUAUUUAAUACACAUUAUUGAGUCACAUAAAAAUUAACUGGAUAUUACCGUUUAUCUAUACUCUUUAAACCAUUGUUGAACAUUUCUAUACAUUUGUGAAUUGCUAUAAAUACAGGUAAUUCCAUUGUUGCUAAUAUUGAAAUACAUGUUACGAAUUUCUCAUGGAAUAAUAUUGAAAUGCCUUAAUGUGAUGUGUCAGUUGUGAUAUAUGUAGUGAUGUUGUAAAAGUGUAAUGUAUGUUUUUAAUAUGUGAGAGUAUCUUUAUUGUUUUGUUGACUAUUUUGAAAAUAUUUUAAAACUUCGUCAAUCAGUUCAACUGAUGGAGUUUAAUGGAUUUCUAUAUUAGUUCUGUUUCGUUCGUUUGAAUUUUAUCUCGUGCAAUGACUUUUCGUUAAUGUGUAUUCUAUGUAUUAGGUUAGAAGUAUUAUUAUAUAACUAUACAAUGUUACACCUCAUCCCAAUAGCCUAUAUAUCGAACUAUGUGUAAUGAUAAGCUAAGCUGAAAGGUACCAGGGAAAUCCGUAUUCUGGCAUCUACUUUAAUCACAAAUAAGUUUUCCACCUUUUUAAUCAUGUUCAAAUGAAGGCAGUGCUCCUUCAAACAGAUGAUUUUCCAAGAAUUUGAUGUUGCUAAUCUUAUUGAAUGUUUUCAAAUAUAUAAACCAUUUGAGUGACUUCACAAAUAAUAAUAUUUAAUAGGCCUAUUAGGUACAUCUUAAGACAAUGAAUUGAAUUGUUCAUUUCAUUCUAUUUUUAAAGGUAUAACACAUUUUUGUUAACAAAUAUUUACAUAGUAAAAUUACUCAGUAAAUCAUUAUCAUAUAUUAAUUUUGAUCUCGUAUCUUUUAAUUUCAUCCUUGCAUUCACUUGUUCUAAUCUCGAUCUUCCUUUGUAAUCUUCCUUUUGACAUGUCAGUUGAAAUUCAAUUAAAGGAUUAUUCAAAAGAUGAAUACUGAGGGAUAAAAUCAUCAAUCAUGAACACAUUGGAAAUAGGGUUUAUAUUGUUCCUAGUUAUCGAAAGCAUAAAUUUCAGAAAAUUGAUCAAUUUUUCAAGUCAUCAAUUAUCUAAUUAGUCAUGAAUUAUCGAAUUCGCUUCACAGAAAACAUUAAAGUUCAAAUAUUCGAUUUAAGAGUUUAAUUUUUAUGUUUACUCAACUUGAAAAUUAAUUUGAUUGUCAAACCCAAAUUUAUUUAAUAGAGAAUUACUUCAGAAUUUUUCAUGUCGUUCUUGGGGAAAUGAUGGCUUUAUGACGUGAAUCUGCCAAUCAAUUCCAUUUGUUUGCAUGGUAAUACUUUGGAUAACAUUCCAAUUCGGUAUUCAGUGAUUGAUUCUUGUAGUUUAUUGUUUUGUAAUUUAUUUCAAACAGGAACAAGUUAGCCUACUAAAAUUUUAUUUAUCCAAAUAAAUUUUUAAAAAAACAUGUUUGAAACUCUGUAUGUCUUCUAUAGUAAUUUCUCAAUUAUCUCUGAAUAUGAUCGCUAUAUUUUAUUAUACAUUUUAAAUGUGUCAUUGUUAUAAUUACGUGGAGAUUGCUGUCCUUGUAGCUAAAAUAAAUGUCUUAAUAUUUGUAUGUUUGGCGUCUCAGUAUUUGGUGUAUAAGUAUGUGUGAAUUGGUUUUACGUAAACACAUUUUUAAUUCUAUGUCAAUUUAGAUUAUUUCUCAAUUAGGUAAGGUAACGUGAAUUUAUUCCAACUAAUUUAAUCACUGAAUUACUAUAAUUUAGUAUACUAUAUUCCCUUUAGAUUGUUUUAGCGUCAAUUAAUGAUCAUUGUUCCUUCAUUUCCACCUAUCGCAUUAGUUUAUACGAUUUGAAUAUAAUUUUCAUUUAAAAAUUUGAUUUCAUUUAAAAAUUUAGUUGUGAUGCAAUCCAUCUAUUUCAAGUUAUAAUUUACGUUGUGACUAGUUUGUGAUAUGUUUAAGGCAUUUGGUUAGAUGAAGUGCUAAUUUAUUAAUUUUUUGUAGUUAUCCUCAUAAUAAUUUAUCGAUUAAUCAAGAAAAAUCUUGAAUAAUAAAUUAUUUCUUGGGACCAGAAUGUAACAUUGGGCAAGGAUUGUAAACAAAAUUAUAUUUUUUUAGAAAACUUGAUUAAAUUAUGUGAUAAAGUGAAACAAUAGAAUAUUUUUUCCAUUUAAUAGAAUGAUUCAUGAACACCGUAAAUUAUUUCUGAAUUAAGAUAAUUUGUUGGAUUUGAUUCGAUGAUUUUUCCUCCCCCAGUUAAUUGUAAUUUAUUUUCUGAAAGGGUUGUUAAGAAUGACGGAAUUGUUUAUACUCCAUACAAAACUAUUGCAUUUAUUUCUAAAGUAACUGAUAGCAUAUUAGCACUUAAAUAUAUUAAAACCAUAACAUGAUGAACUAUUAUACAUCCAAUAGUAAAAUCUAUGAAAAAAGUGUUAUUCCAAUAAAAACUAUACUAUUUGUUGGGUUACAGAUUACUAUUAGAUACCCCAGUUUAUUAUUGAUGUAAUAUUAGAAGAUUUAAAUCUAUUUUAGAGGAAUUAGGGGGAACUUAAACAUGCUCUAAAAAAAUUUGAG